AUGGAAGAACGCGAGCUCCCGGGGUCACGCGGCCUGCUGGACAAGGAGGGACUUCCUGUUGGCACGCUGGAUGAUCGUUACGAGCUUGUGAUCGUGAUCCCCCUCGAAGACUACUACAGCGACAAGGGAGAGUUUGGAAAGAUCGAGAGGCGAGUGCUGCAAGCAAGGCUCCUCCAAGAGCUGCGAGCCCUCAACGUCAUUGUCAAAGUCGUCAAGUCUAAAUCCGGCGACAAGCUGUUCUACCUGAUCCGAGCUCCGACGUACGACGAGUGGAGCCAGAAAGUUUGGAUUCCCUUUGAGCAUGCGCAGAGUGACAUUGAGGAGCAUAUUCCGAGCGUGCGACGGAGAGUGUUCGGAGAGAAAUGCGUCAACUGUGUGCGAGACAAGUUCCUGGACGUCCUAGGCAUCCCUCUUGCAGAGAUCAGCGCUGAAGAGGAGGAGCUAGGGGAGCAGGGGAGGGUUAUCCACCAGGUUCAGGUUCUUAUGGGGUUCUAUGACUAUUGGGCGGAUAAAUUGAAGAUCAACUAUUUGACAAGAGAGUUCGAGGAAGGGUUUCGGAACUUCUACCUUCCGUACGAGUUCGACCAAAAGUCCAGAUAUAAGUCUGAAGGAGAACACAACAUAGCCUUUGAGGAUCCCUUGACCUCCAUGGACGACUUGGAGAAAGAAGUCGCCAGCAACGGGACGUUGAGAAACAUUGCUGAGCAAAUCAUCACGGACUACAAGAAGGAUGGAACAUGGAUUGAUCGAACGCGCCGGAUGGACACGGAGUACCUCAUCAAUCCGAACAAGAUCUCACCGAAAUGCAAGUGGGACUUCGAAGGACAGACGGCGCGUGUCAAGGUGCAGAUUAAGCAGGAAAAGAUUCUUAAACGCUAUCAGGAGUGCAAUGAGAUUCGGAUGGUAAACGGCAAGGAGAAGAAACAGGUUCCGGGCCACGUGACCAACAUGGAGACGAAUGUCACACAGUACGAUCUCUACGUCAAACGCCACAAGAAGCAGGGGUUGUUCAAAGACGGGAUCUCAAGAAUUCCCUUGCCCAAGGACAAGUGGGUUCAGCUUCAAGUGUUGCAGAACCUCAUGAGAGCGACGAGCAUCAGAGUUGAUCUGCUGAUGCGGGUUGUACAGGAAGCGUGCAAGAGGAGUUUGUCCAAGAAGAAGAAGAAAGCUAAGACUGCUGCUGCAGUUGCUACGAAGACUGUCAAGGUCAAGACUCAGAAGGUCAAGCAGGAGGACCUUCACUUCGAGUCGGCAGAAUCAGCUGAGAGUACGGUCGAUAUAGACCUGAGCGACAUGAUCAACCUGAAGCUCAUCUCCACUGUCUUUCCCCUUCAUCAAGAGAACGCAAGGUUGUGGCUCAAAGAGAACUGGGCUGUGGUUCCGCUCCCUCGCAUGCUCAAGAGCUCAAACUUUUGGCUCUGCCGGGCCCCUCUCCACCACAUUCGAGACUAUUUCGGUGAGGAGGUAGCUUUCUACUUUGCUUGGGUCGGGGUGUACACCAGGUUCCUCUACAUCGCUGCUUUCGUCGGUCUUGCUGUCAACAUGUACAGUUUUGUAGCCCCGGACGGAAGGGCUCUCAACGAUUACCUUGGGGUUCCGUUCUACUGCGUCUUCAUGUCAGUCUGGGCAAUCGCUUUCAUUCAGUACUGGAACAAGUAUGAAGCCGAGCUGCUGCACGUGUGGGGUCUGAAAGAGUUCGAACAUGACGAGCAACCUCGCAAGGAGUUCAAAGGAGAGAGGCGACUUGAUCCUUAUACAGACUUGUACGAGCUUCAUCGAGAAAAGGGAAAGAUGUGGGAAUGGGUGUCGAUCCUGUUCUACCUUGUCUCUGUUGCCGUCUGUAUAGUUUUCGGCCUUUCUCUCCUGGCAUCGCAAGGAGUAAUACGAACUUUUGGGGGCAAAAUCAAUCCUUCCGACGGGGCUGCACAGAUUGUCUGGUUUUACGGAUCUAUUGGAGUCAUUUCAGCACUUGGCAUUAUGUUGAUGGAUGAGAUUUACAGUCGCGUUGUAGUCUGGCUCACGAAGAAGGAAAAUCACAAGACCAUGGAGGAUUACAACAAUGCUCUAGCUGUCAAGCUCCUGUCCUUCUUUCUCCUCUCAGCCAACAUCACUCUCUUUCACACUGCCUUUGCCGGGACUGCCUGCAAGCCUCGAGACUACAAGGACCUGCAGACGAUUCAGAGGGACUGCACGGGGAUUCGGUCGGAGGCGUACAACUCGCAGUACGUUAUUCCUUCUGCUGUGAGACCAUGGGAUCUGCUCACUGGCUCACUGUCUUUCUCCAACGAGUCUUCUUCACAGUUUGCAAACGGCACUCAAGUUGCGAACAUUCCAAACCCAUGCUGGAAGAAGAGCAUGCAGAACAUCGACUACUGCCAACUUGGAACCAACAUGAUGCUGCUUGGAAUUCAGCUUGCAAUCAUCUUUGGUUAUUGGCAGGGUCUUUCAAUGUUUAUCGAGAUCAUUUGGCCGCUCUGGAUCAGAAAGCAAAAGCGCAACCAAGAGUUUCGCACCAUGUUGAAGCAAGGUCUCGUGAGCAUGCAGGACAAACACACCUGGCACAAGGAUCGAGAGGUCAGCGAGUCCCCAGCUGGACUUGAGCUGGAUCUCGGGCAGCAGAACCUCGUGUUCCUGUACGUCAAGCUCGUCGUUCAAUUCGGUUACGUCACCUUCUUCGUCUCCUCCUUCCCAAUCGCUCCCUGCUUCGCACUUGUAAACAACAUUCUCCAGCUGAGGGUAGACGCUUUCAAACUUGUCAAAAUCCUCCAACGUCCGGAGCCCCGCAAAGUAAAGGGCAUCGGGGUGUUCCGUCUCUACAUCUCCUUGACAGCCUACGCUGCUGUCAUCACCAACGCCGCCUUGCUGGGGCUGACAAGCAGCUCCAUGGGUCAAGUCUUCGACGCCUUCGGGAUCCGCGUUGGUGCCCACCUGCAGGAGCCGUGGAGGUACAACGUUUGCUCGCAGGGAGCACGGGUGAGAUACAGCACGUCCUCCAUCGAGUUCGUCGAGGGAGUUUGCUUGCCCCUCCUCUCCGUGUUCAAGAACUUUGAGAACGGGUUUGAGUUUGGAGAGUAUCCCUACGAGCAGCAGUAUAACUUCAUGUGGGGGAUGGGAAUCAUGGAGCACGGGGUGAUCCUUCUUAUGCUGACUCUUGGGAUGGUGCUAGCAAAGAGCACGAUGAUACUUGACAACGAGAUCAAGGGGCAGGCAAGAUGGCUCGAGGAGAAGAUCCGCAGCAAGGCGUACAAUGUCGACGUGGAGCAGCGCCUGCAAAGGGGGAGGUAUUCUCAUCCUGAGCUGAAAAACUUGAUUUGCAACAAGAAGUGGAUCAGCUGGGAGCUCUCCCGGGCACGACUCGAGUCUGACUACAACUCCAAGACUGGGAUCCUCAAGGCUGGGGAGAUGAUGAAGAGCGACAAGAAGGAGGCGCAGGAGCAGGAGAGCGUUCGCAUCAUCACCACCCAGAGCGCCCAGCAGAGCCGCAAGUCGAAGAAGGCGAGGUGA